AUGUCGCCGGCGUUGCUAGAGUCCCCACCUCCGGCAACCACCACCGGUCAGAUUUCUUUUUCUCUCCCUCUUUUCAAUCAAUCUAACACCAUCAUGAACCCUUCGAAUGCCGGCUCCGAUUUUAGCUUCAGUUCCUCGUCGCGCUCAGGUCUUUCGAGGCCGAGGCUUUUGAAGGUCCGGCGAGGCCUGAAUUCUCAGGUCUUGGAACCAUCGCCGUCGCCGGAGGCCGGGGCUCCUCCCGGCUUCAAUCCGUUCCGGAUUUCAGGCUCCGGAGAUGACUCGGAUUCGAAUUUGAAUAAGGGGAGAGGUGUGACUGAGCAAAUGAGCGAUUUGAGAAUCGGGAGUGGCGUGGAGACGAAAGAUGAUUCAGGAAGUAGGUUGAGUUCAGCUGGAGGGUUUGUGUUUGGGGGGAGUAGUUCUAGUUUCGAUGAAAGUGUUGCGUCGGAUAUGAGCAAGUUGAAUAUUGAGGGCUCUGGGAGUGGUGGAGCUGUUGAGAGAGGUAAUGAUGGGAGAUUUGAUAGUAGGACAGGGUUCGGGGUGGGGAGUAAGGACAAUGUGGGUGGUUCUUUGGGUAGAAAUGCGGAUUCGGAGCUCCUCCAUGAGUUGGAGAAGAAAUUGAACAUUAAUGAGAAUGAGCAGAUGGGCGGCGCGCAUAAUGCUGAUGGUGUGAAUAAGUUUGUGUUUAGUACUAGCAAGUCCUUUGGUGGAAGCUCGGUGAAUGCACUUCCUGAUCAGAUGAAGAAUCUGAACGUAGGUCUUAGUUUCGAUGGGGGAAAAGAGAGUAUUCUGUUGAGAAAGAUGGAGAGUUUGGAUAUAGGAGCCAAGGCUGGACACUCUACUCAAUCAGAUAGAGGGACAUCAUCCCACGAAACGCUUGUGAAGAACAUGGAACCUGGAAACCGCGGUGACAGACCUGAGAGGGAGGAGGGAUUUAACUUUACAAGCAAACAAGAGCAUUUGAGCACAUCCUCUGUAGAGUUUAAAACACCAAGCAGUAAAGCCAACUUGUUUUCUGGCAUAAACAAGAAAUUGGAAUUCAAUGCAAAGAGGGAGCCAGCAAGGUCUAGGGAUACAAGAAUGAAUAAACCAAGUGGAAAACUAAGGAACUCUACUCCAUCCCAGCUGUGGCACGGGCAUGGUGCUGUUUCAAAUAUUGGUUCUCCUGUAAACGUUGAGGCUUCUGAAUCCUAUUCACCAAUGGACAUUUCUCCUUAUCAAGAAACAUUGGCUGGUAACCAAUGUUCAAAAGAAAAUUCUGCAUCUUCUGAAUCAUUUAGUCUGGUCAACGACUAUCUGGAAACUGAUUCAGUCCCGAAAGCUUCAAAUGAUUCUAUUGAUGAAGAUCUUGCUAUGGCAACAGAAUGUCUUAAUAUAAAUAAAGUUGAUGGAGUGAGCAGAUCGUCGCAAGGUGAAGCUUUUGAGCAUCGUUUAGGUGGAAGUGUUAAUGCUGAUGCAACUGUUGAAGGAUAUGUUUCUGGGGCUGAAACCGAAAGCUUUAAGUCUGCAACUGAGGAGGUAGACUAUAUUAGUGACACGGCUAAUUCAGCAGAGAAUGAAGUUAGUCCAAGCCCAAAGAUGGAGAGAUACGAUACUGAUGGCAGGAUACACUUUGACUUUCAUGCAAGCUCAUCGAAUAGAAGUGGAUUAAACUUCACAUUUGCUGCCUCUACUGCUGCUCAAUCUCAAUUAUCACCAUCAAAACGCUUGCACAAAAAGAAAAAUAUGGUGAAGAUUGGUCAAGAUGCCAAUACUUUUGUUCCAAAUGGUAAGGUUCCAUAUGGAUCAUCAUCUGCAGAGUUUUCGCCAUAUUCUGGAGCUCCAGUACUUUCGACACUGGGGCUCCAUCAUGAAAUUCCAAUAUCACAAUGCAAUGAAAAUAAUUCUGGGGUGCAGAAGGAAAAGGAGAUCAAACAAGAGGCUGUCUCUUUGUCUGCUGAAACAGCUGCAGCUCAGGAAGCAUGUGAGAAGUGGCGACUAAGGGGUAACCAAGCAUAUUCUAAUGGGGAUCUGUCUAAGGCCGAAGACUGCUAUACCCAAGGGGUAAAUCGUGUUUCUGAAAAUGAGACAUCUAGAAGUUGUCUCAGGGCACUGAUGCUGUGCUAUAGCAACCGUGCAGCAACACGUAUGUCUCUUGGAAGAAUUCAAGAUGCACUUGGAGAUUGUAUGAUGGCUGCUGCAAUAGAUCCCAACUUCCUCAAAGUGCAGGUUAGAGCUGCCAACUGUUAUCUUACCCUUGGGGAGGUUCAAGAUGCUUCACAACAUUUUAGUAGGUGCCUCCACUUGGCAAGUGAUGUCUGUGUGGACCAAAAGAUUGCAGCAGAAGCCUCUGAUGGAUUACAAAAGGCGCAGAAAGUGUCAGAAUGUCUGAAUCUUUGUGCUGAACUUAUGCAAAGGAAGACAUCUAUCAAUGCAGAGCGUGCUUUGGAACUUAUUGCUGAGGCUUUGGCAAUAAGCCCUAGUUCAGAAAAGUUACAUGAAAUGAAGGCGGAGGCUCUUUUCACGAUGCGGAGGUAUGAAGAGGUGAUUGAGCUUUGUGAGAAGACCCUUGGUUCUGCUGAAAAGAACUCCCCUUUAGUAGAUACCUCCAUUUCAUUAGAUGGUUAUGAACUCUCAAAGACCUUGUACUUCAGACUUUGGCGGUGUCGUUUGAUUUUUAAAUCCUAUUUCCAUUUAGGAAAACUUGAGGAGGGCCUUGCUUCACUAGAGAAAGAAGAGGAAAAGGUAUCUACAACGUAUAGGAAUUGGAGAAAAAUUCUGGAAUCAUCUAUUCCCGUUCUCAUUGUUCGUGAGCUGUUAUCUCAUAAGGUUGCUGGGAAUGAAGCAUUUCAGGCAGGGAGGCAUAAUGAGGCUGUUGAGCAUUAUACUACUGCUUUGUCAUGUAAUACAGAAUCACGUCCUUUCACAGCUGUUUGUUUUUGCAAUCGUGCUGCUGCAUACAAAGCAUUAGGCCAGAUCACUGAUGCUAUUGCAGAUUGCAGCCUAGCUAUAGCUCUUGAUGGAAGUUAUCUAAAGGCUAUCUCUAGGCGAGCUACGUUAUAUGAGAUGAUCAGAGAUUAUGGACAAGCAGCUAAAGAUCUUAAUAGACUUGUAUCUCUUCUCACUAAGCAGUUAGAGGAAAAUAUCAAUCAGUGUGGAACCUUUGAUAUAUCCAAUAGCAUCAAAAGUGAUUUGAAACAAGCUCGUCUUCGUCUUUCAGAAGUAGAAGAAGAAGCUAGAAAGGACAUCCCCUUGGAUAUGUACAUUAUUCUGGGAAUCAAACCAUCUAUUUCAGCAUCAGAAAUUAAGAAAGCCUAUCGGAAAGCUGCACUAAGACAUCAUCCUGACAAGGCUGUUCAAUUCUUUGCUAGGAGUGAAACUGGUGAUGAUGGGCUCUGGAAGGAGAUAGCAGAAGAAGUGCACAAGGAUGCUGACAGGCUUUUUAAAAUGAUUGGGGAGGCAUAUGCAGUACUUUCAGACUCUGCCAAGCGUGCACGGUAUGAUGCUGAAGAGCAGACUAGGAAUGGUCAAAAGAAACGCAGUGGAAGUAGCGCAGCUAGAAUGCCUGCAGAUGCUCAAAAUUACCCAUUUGAAAGAAGCGGAAGUAGCCGACAGUGGAGAGAGUCGUGGAGAUCAUAUGGCAACUCAUAUUCCAGAGGGUCAGAAGCGACAUGGUCUGAUAGAUAUUCAUGAAAAGUUUGUUUAGAAUCAUCUGAUCAGAACCUGGAUUUCAUGAGCUAUUAGGGGAAUGUGGAGCACAUGACUUUGUUUAGUUGAUGCAUUCUAUAUGUAGUUCCAAUCCGCCAACCUUUGCAAUUGGUUCAGGCAGCAUCAGAAUUUCAACAGCUCGAGUGAUAUUGCAAUUGUGCUGGCACUGAAGGCAUACCGGGAAGGAGAAAAGCAGGCUAUAUUUCCUUGGAAUGAUUGGUGAUCACAACCUGUAACAGGAAUAUCAAAAUACCGGAUGAAAGGAUGCCUUCCAUGCAAUGUGUGUUUGUGUGUAGGAGAGUGAAAGAAAAGAGGAUGUGUACAUAGGAGCUGAUAUCUAAAGAGGCAAAACCUGAAAUGAAGCGACAAGGAGGAUUUCCUUUACUAUCAGAAUUAAGAAAUGACGACAUGAUUUGUGUUAUUCUGUUUUUGAUUUGGUUGAGAGGUUGGAGGAAACUACUGACCAAAGAAAAAGAAAUUAAGAAAAGAAAAGAAAAGGAAGAAAGGAAGAUCGAAGAACAACUAGUGUGAUUGUGAUAGUGUGAUACUGUGAGGAAGUUGAAAGCAUUUUUCUUGUUCUCAUAGGUACAGCAAUUGAUUCUUUAUACAUAAAAGUGUAUAUUGCUUUUGUUAGAUAGCAGAAUGUUUUACAAAACUAUGAAUCUCACAGAUGUGUUUGUGUUCCAGCUCAUU